UUAAUAAGGUGAAAAUAAGGCAGAUUGAAAGAGAAUUGAAAAGAUGAAAGUGAAAGUGGUGAGUUUUCUAGUUUUCGGAUUCGGCAUCGGGGUUUUCGCACGUCCAAAAGCUCAUCGUGGUGCGCAUGAAACUGCAGAAUUCGUGAUUCCGCAAGGAAUCGUCACGAAUGCGACGAAAAUCGCCGCCAGCACCAACAACCAAACGCUCAUUUCGUCCCUCAACACUGCAGCCAGCCAAAACGACUAUAAGGGGAUGUCAGAGAGGCUGAUGGAAAUGGCGACAGGAGUUUCCGGUGGCACGGAUCAAGAUGCAGAUCAAGCCGAAGAUGUUUUAUGGGCCCUGGAAUGGGCGAGAUAUGAGGCAGCAAAGGGAGGACACGAUCGCCCGAUUUUUGACCCAGUUCUCGUCAUGUCGGCAACUUCUGUGCCCAUCAAAGUUGCCAAAAUGCGGCUGCAGAUGCGUGCAGAAACUAGCCCUCAAGCCAAAGCAAUCCACGACAAUCUCAACACCGAAAUUCAAAAAUACAAGCAACUCGUCAAGACCGCCAUGGAGACGAGGACCUUCAAAGCCGAGCAGAUGCAGCAGUCGCUCGACUUGCUGGAAACCCUGAGGGCCAGUGCCCAGCAACUCAGUGCCCUGGACCCUCCUUUCCCUUACUUGAAAUCCGGGCUCAAGAAAGUGGCGACGCGAGCCAAAGCCCGGACUGCGCAGCGCCUGGACAAGUUCGAGGCCGACGCCGCGGCGUCCGGGAACGAGGCCGUGCGAGAGGCGGCUCGGGAACUGGCCGCCGUCAGAGCCGCCUACAGGUCAGACGGGUUCUCUGCCAAACUCAUGCAGGACUUGAAAGCCGUGCUGGACAAGAUGAGCACGGCACUUCCCGCUGGUGCUGGUGGUGGUGAAGGGUCUUCGUCCGAGGAAAAUAAGUCGGGACAGCACGGGAAUAUCGGCAUGUCUCUGGGCGACAAGAGCCGGAAGAUGCUCAAAGUCGUCGAGUUGAUGACACCGGGAAUUUUCGGAAGAAACCUCCAGGUCCGAGGUCCUCAUCCGCCGAUCGGAGGCGGUAUAAAAGCCCCGGUUCUCGACUCGUCCGACCCAAACCUGCUUUCGACCAUGUUCAAGCGACAACUGGUCACUGCGUUUCUCCUGUUUGCGUUCGUCGUCGCCGAUUUAUUGGACGCGGCGCCUCAUCGCAACGCCAAAGAUAAAGAGGAGGGAAAGAAGAAGCGAGACUGCGAACGCCUGCCGUCGCCGAUCGACGAGUCCAUCGCCGCCAACAUCUCCGCCUUGACGGCCAGCAUCGGCGACGCUCAGCUCACCGAAGCCGUGAAUGCCGCCCUCCAGGUCAAGACCAUUCGUCCCCUGACUGACCUGCUGGUCAAGAUCGCAGCUGGGGCCUACAAAGUCGCAUCGGCAGCAGACCGGAAGACGGCCGAGGAAAUCGCCAUCGGUGUCGAGAAAAAUCGCAAGUGGCAUUGCAAAGACAAGCCGUCGGAAGUGAUUGACGAAGAAGACUCGUUCAACAACGAGAUCCGCGACGAAAUCAAGAGCAAACGCAGCAAGCCCAACUACAGCAGGUUCAUCAGGACCCUGUUUGUCCCGAUCCGAGUCGCCAUCGAAGAGCUCAGAGAGUUUGUGGAAACUGAUGCUGCGACCGAUGAGCAGAAGCUCGUCGCCAAGGAAGUCUUUGAUUACUUCCAAACUUACCGCGAAGAAACGGACUCUGCGACGGCGGCCAACCACGGCAAGCGGCCCAAGACCAGCGCCCAGAUCACCAGGGACCUGAGCACCCUGGUCCGGCUGCAGCAGGACUCGGGCAAGCUCGUGCCCGGGUUCGAGUCCCUCGCUGACACCGUGGCCAAGUCCCGGGUCCAGGUGCGAGACCUCAUCGAGUCCGUGUUCCAGCGCUACGAGGACUGCUUGAAGGACGUGGACGGGACCCGAUUCGCGGAUUUCGUCAAGGAAUUCGAGAGUCUGCGCCAAGUGCUGGAAAAGGAGGCCGGGUCCGCGAAACUCAUGACCAAGUUCCAGGUCGUGGUGGGCAAAGUGCAGGCGAGCAUCGAGUCUCAGGAGGAGCCGAUCCCGGAAGACAACACCAAGUUGAAGCGACUCAAGUGGAAGACGGACAAGUAUCUCACUUUCAUCGACGCCUACAUCCCGUUCGCCGACGACCUGUCUUGA